AUGCAGGGCGGAGAAUUGAGGCACACGAUCAAAGUUGUGGCUGUCACCAUCGUCACCAUCACGGCGACUCUGUUCUUGCUGCCCCCCAGGCCUGGAUUUGCAUUGAAAGGCCAACCAGGCGAGGACAACGCGCUGCUCACAACGGGGAAACAAUGGCCAGAGGACGGGACCUGUAGGCUAUAUGGGAUUGAGCUCGAGCCAGAAGUGCCUAUUCCUCCUCCCCACCGCCCUUCCUCCACAAUCGACGUGGAGACUGAUACUAUUACUCCACCGCCGUCUCUCGAAUCGUCUGCGCCGUCUACCUCGCCACAGCAUACAGCUUUACCCAACAAGCAUAUUCCAGCGUGUCCAACAGGGCCUGCUAAAUAUACCGACCUAGAUACACCACCGCCAUCUCCAGGAGGCGCGCAAGACUUCUGCCAAACAUCUCUUCUAUACCCCCCGGACAACUAUGUCAAGACUGUGGCUGGAACUUUAGCGAUAUAUGAAAUUGUCGCGUCACAGGUCGCUGACGCCUUAGAAUACGCGGCUAGUCAGUCACUUCCUUCACCUUCUGGCGUCUUCCCAUGGCUUCACGGAUUGCACCCUCUCAAUCAUAUGCAGCAAACAUUCUUCACUGGCCGCCGAGGAUCAAUCCUUAAACCCCCAUCUGGCUUCAGAGCAAUCACCCUCGUAAAAGCCGAUGGCGAUCUCACCAAUAGUCGCCUCAAGGGCGCCGUUAGCCCCGAAGAAAUAAUGAAAAACAGUCCCACGGCUGAGUUUAUAGACCCCGAUCCUGCGGAUGGCUUUUCCGUACGAAACUUCCAGAUUCAGGUCGCGAAGAUGGCUCUUGUAUCUGACAUCAUCGUCUACGGCGAUGACGUACCUCAAACCAGGCGGAUGGCCUGGGACAUUGCUGCUGCGCAGAAGAGAUGGCAAGAGCAAAACGGUAUCCACGCAGACGGCAUUCAAGAUCAUUAUUGCUUUGUCUGUACUUGCCCGUUUUCCGACUUCGAGCGGUACCAUGGCGAUCUCGUUGCUGUUGAUGCGGCCGGCUGUCUGACUGGUCAAGUCUUGGACUUGGUCCAUCAGGAGCGCAGAGAGAUGUGGGAUAUGACAGUCGCAUCAGAGAUAUCUCAUAAUGUCUACAUGGGACCGACUCCAGAGCCCGGCAGUUCUGAGGAGCAGCGUUUUGAUGUCUUGAUUGAAUGCAGUGACCUCGGUAGGAUGAACCCCGAGUCGCUGAGGCGGGUGGCUAGAUGCUCUGCUGAAAAAGUGCCCGAGGCCUUCCAUGAGUUUCCGUCCUCAGGGAGCAUCCUCCCGCCUACUUAUUCUCAGACAGAAGCAGACGGAAUUUUGAACACCUGCAAAUGGCUCUAUCACAUUUCGCACGGCACUCUUCCGGAUCCCGAAAUUGUUGGAGGCAAAGAUGGGGAUGUGGAGAUAUGUUUUGACGAAGAGAGAGGCGUCAACAGUCUGCGAGCUCGCAAAGUCCUGAUCCACUGCGCCGAUGGCUAUACCGAAUCCAGUAUGCUAGGUAUAGCAUAUUUGAGCUAUAGCUCCGGGCUUCCAGUGCCAGAUGCAUGGUUAAAUCUCCAUACGACGAAACAGCGCAACUUUUUCGCAUAUCCUACUGAUGUUGCUCUGCUGAAGGCUAUUUCCCCUCGCCUCCUCCGUGAAUCACCGGAAUGCAAGAACAAAGAUACCAGCGAGCUCAUGGCUCUGGUGAAGAAUGAACCGAAUUGGUUUUGCAGUCUGGAUGGCUCACUACCAAGUCGCAUACUCGAAUACCUGUAUCUGGGUAAUCUCGGCCACGCGAACAACCCGUCUCUCCUACGAGAUAUGGGCAUUGGUCAGAUCCUGUCUGUUGGCGAGACUGCCUCUUGGCGGGAAGGCGACUUAGAAGUCUGGGGACAAGACAAUAUUUGUAUUAUUCAAGGGGUGCAAGACAACGGCAUUGACCCAUUGACGAAUGAAUUUCAGAGAUGCCUCGACUUCAUUGAUCGAGGAAAACGACUAGGGACGUCAACUUUGGUCCAUUGCCGCGUCGGCGUUUCGCGAAGCGCGACCAUAUGUAUUGCCGAGGUCAUGCGUGUCCUUAGGCUCUCUUUUCCACGAGCGUAUUGUUUUGUGAGAGCUCGGCGACUGAACGUUAUUAUACAACCACAUCUACGGUUUGCGUACGAGCUGUUACAGUGGGAGCAAGCUCUGUUGCAGACCGACGAUAACGCAGGCACGUUUAAACGAGAACUUGAAUGGGCCGAAAUAACGCGAGAAAUCGCGCUGAUGAACAGGCCGUAUUCACGUUAA